GCAAGCAGGGUUUCAAGGAGCCUUCAUCGACUCAAGCUGCGUGGGGUUGCAGUUUGAGCAUUGUGCCGACGCCGAAAAGUUCCUGACGGCGCGCGGUCAUGAGCUUCCAAUCACUUUGCCCGGAUUAAUGCAAAGAAGUAUCGUUUGAGCAUCGCUUCUACUGGAGGAGCAGAUGCACCCAAAGCUUCCGAGCCCGAACAUGAUCCUCAGGGAGUUCUUCCCCCGACUGCGACAUCCAAAGGACUUCUGCAUCACCUACAUCGGCUCACAUUGGCCAGACAAAAGAGUAAUCUUCCAGAGAAUGUCUUGCGCAUCUUCCACACCUCGGGUGAAAUUGCAUUUGAUUUGGAGCCGACAGCAAAUCAGAACAUGACAGAUAUCUAUGCCAUCAUCCGGCAAGAGCACCCUGGCUGCAUCUUGAGCAAGCUGCCAGAGUGCGAAGCAGCAAGCCUUGCAGCGGAUCCAGCAUUGCCUGGGGAGUUUUUGCUUGUACCGCCCAUGUCGCUCCCUUUGGCCUUGCCCACAGAAUUUUCAGUUGGGCCUGCUGAUGAAAGGGAUCUCGACUUUGCACUCAUGAAGGAGGUCCUGUGCGAGAUGCUUGGGGAUUAUGCGUGCAUCAAGCGAGAGUCUGCAGAUGGCACGGUCGAUCACGUCUUCAAGCACCGCAAGGAGGAAUGCAGCCGCAACAAGCUUGUGGUUGUCAGAUCUGCUGUGCAUCAUUUGAACCAUGUCAUCCAACACAGGAAGGUGGCCUUCUUGAGCAUCGUCGGCAAGCCGCGUGAAGGAAAGAGUACCCUUUUGGAGCUCAUGCGGAGGCAACUCUCCGGUGAUGAUGGCUUGCCUCUCUUCCGAUGUUCCAAUUCCUCAGAGAAAGCUUGCACGGCAGGUCUUUGGGUCUCCACUCGUGGCUUCUUGACCAAGGCAUCUGAGGCUUCGCCACAGUAUAGACCUCUUCUGCUCAUGUUGGAUUCGGAGGGUCUUUUUGCGGAUGAUGGUGUGCAUCAAGACUACUUUGUGCGGCUCUUCACCAUUGUUGGGGUGCUGUCCUCCGUGAUGAUCUUGAAUAAUAAGAUCUCCAACACAGUGGCGGAGGAAUUCAAGACCCCUUUGGCUCGCCUGGCAGUGAUGUACAAAGGCUUUUUUGAGAGAAACCCGUGGUUUAAGGAGCACCAGCCCAAGGUCUUGUAUUUGGCGCGGGAUUGGAACCAAAGCCAAGACCUUUUUGAAGACUCAGAAGCCUGGCAAGAAGUAGAAAGCAGAUGCAGCUCUGAAGAGGGCCCUUUACACGACGCGAUGCGUUUCAUCAAAGAAGCCUUUGGCGUGGUCAAGUUUGUCACUUUGCCCAGUCCCGUUGCGGAGAUUGACAAGAAUGACAUUGUGUCCAAAUCUUUGGAUGGUCGAUUCAAGAAGAAGCUUGCCAGCAUCGUUGAAAGGAUUGUGGAACCAUCACUAAAGCCCAAAUCCUUCACCAAUUCGAAUGGAUCCAACUGCUACAUCAGCGGCGGAGAGCCAUUGUUGGAGCUGCUGUGUAGCACAGCAGAAGCCGUAUCAACGGAGAUCGCUCUUGACUGGCCAGGUGCUUUGCAGAGAUUCCGAGAGAAGGCAACGCUGGCGCGGCUUGACGCGCAGGUGGCUUCCAUGGCAGAAGAGUACAUGAAAGCUUCGCGUGGCCAUCCACUAGUGAUCGAGGCUUUGGCUCGCGAUUCGCUUGAGGAAGCGGCUUUGAAAACCCUCAAGACAUGUGCAGAACAGGCUGGAUUGGUGGUUUCUGCUGAGAGAAGUUCUCUUAAGAUCAGGGGCCCACCUUCUCAGCUGCGAACUUUGGUGAGGGAAUCCUGUCCUGAUUCGUUGAAGAUGGUGCCGUUGCUUGAGGCUUUCAAAGAGCACCUCAAAAAGGAGCAGGUCACAGUCAGAUCGGGGGCCCUAGAGGAGCUAGCAGCUUUCGGCUACGCCGCAAGCACUGUGGAUGAUUUGAUGCACGCGUACUUUCACAAGUAUUUCCUGGAUCUCAACCAAACUUGCGAAGACCUUGAAGAACUCUUCGUGCAGAGGGAACUCGCCUUCGUCGAGAAGCAGGUGAAGUGCCAGAUGAGGGCGGCGACAUCGAAGGAAGAUGUGCUGCACCUGGCUGAGAGUUGGCAAGAAUCGUUUCGGCAAGGCGGCUCGGUCCGGCAAAAGGACGCCUUCCAGCUUGCAACCCGAAUGAUUUCAGAAGAGGCGACAAUGAUCAUCAACCGCCCAACGGAGUUGGUGCGGCAAGCAGCAACCUAUACCUGGCUGCACAAGAUGGGCCUCACUUUGGACACACAAAAUCCGCAGUAUACGUCCUUGGAGGAUGCUUUGAAAGAUGUGGAGGGCGACCGACUCUUUGCUGCAACGAUACGACCCGAGGAUGUCUUCUUCCUUGCUCAGGAGCAAUUGAGACAACCCUCUGAACCAGCGCUUUGCCGUCAUGCAGAUGUGAAGGUGUUGAUCAGCGAGCAGGCUGAACACUUUCAACAGGCUACCUUCAAGGAGAAAUGCCGCAGGUAUCACUCGGAGGUGUGUCGCAUGCUGGCGCCACUAGGCAGGGACCCAGCAUCCCUUUGGAGGAUUUGCGAGGAGUUCUUUGGUAUGGAGAAUCCUGAAUCCAAUGGUGAAGCCUUCAGCGAGCUUUUGCAGGGCGCCUUGCAGGUGCGUUCUAGCGGGGAAGAACUUGCAGCCAUAGAAGAAGUGAAGGUCUUGACUCAGGGUGUCGGGAAUUCUGAGAGUUGCUUGGGCCUGGUCUUCCGGGAGCAGUUGCAGUUUUCAAUCGAACACUUUUGCAGUUCGGUUGUCGAAGCAGCUUUUGGAGAGCUUCAGGUGAUGCUCUUUGCAGAUUGCAAACUACAACUCCAGGAUAAGUUGAAGGAGCUGGGUGUAGAUGUCUUAGCUGUGAAGCCCAAUCACAGUUGGGGCACAGACAAAGCGGACAAAGCCUGGAACAUUGCAUUGCGUUCUGCCAUGGCUCUACAGACAGUACUGAAACAUCAAGCUACCUUCAAACCCUUUCAGAAGAUGGGCUUGCAAUUGCCUCCAAUCAAGUGGGUGUCGAAAUUCAGCAACAAAGCUUUGGAGUGCUGGAAGGACCAUGUCUGCCGAUGUUCUUCAGAGGAAGAUGUCAUUGAGUACAAAGACACUUUUGAGCAAGCAGUGGCGUGCCUCUACGAAAGAGGCAACUCUUUCUCAGCUGCAGGUGAAGAGAUUGAGGUUCGCGUUCGCUUUUCACUCGUCCUUUUCCCAGUGAGGUUCGAGUUGUCGCCAGCUUUGCUCCAAGAGAUUUGUCCGAGAUUGCAGUUUCAUGCUGAUUCGCCAAUGGCGCUU